UACAAUUGCGUUGUUGAUCUUACUUAUAAGUCUUUUUACUUGCUUAAACAUCAUCAUGUCAGGUCGUGGUAAAGGAGGCAAAGUUAAGGGAAAGUCAAAGACCCGUUCCAGCAGGGCCGGACUUCAAUUCCCCGUCGGUCGUAUUCACCGGAUGCUUCGCAAAGGCUCGUACGCUGAACGUGUCGGUGCUGGUGCCCCUGUCUACCUAGCUGCCGUUAUGGAGUACUUGGCCGCUGAAGUUCUGGAGUUGGCCGGUAACGCUGCUCGUGACAACAAGAAGACCCGUAUCAUCCCUCGUCACUUGCAGUUGGCCAUCCGCAACGACGAAGAGUUGAACAAGCUUCUCUCUGGUGUUACCAUCGCCCAGGGUGGUGUGCUGCCUAACAUCCAGGCCGUUCUCUUGCCCAAGAAGACUGACAAGCCAGCCAAAGCUUAAAUUUAAAUGGAAUUCUCGUCUUGAACAUCAAUAAAACGGCCCUUAUCAGGGCCAACAAUAUCAUCCGAAUAGAGAAUUUCAAACCUGUCGCAACGUUACUUCACAAUUGAUUCUAUUAGCAGAUGUGAACUCAGAAACUGUGUCAAACCGUGUUAACUGGCACUAACACGCGUUUUGUAUUCCAAGACAUCAAGCAAUCUUCCAUGAUACGAGCUGGCAAAAAAAAUGGCGUGCAACAAAUUCUGAAUCCUGAAAUCAUUCACACAAGCGCAAAGGAUGAUUACGUGAGUUACUUCACUAGAAGGAGAAGAAACCAGCUGACGGCUUUGCUUAGUUAUUACGUUACUUGUUGCUACCGUUCGCUAAUAACUAACCUCACGAAAGACGCAAUUCGUUAUAGGCACCUGCAGCACAGACUCAACAUGGCAGUUCGGCCUCAAGUUCCAAUUCUUUUUAGAAACACCCCCCCUCCGAGGAUUCUUAGACACAGGUGCAGCUUCGUCCGAAAAUUUAAUCACAGUUCUUUUACAAAGAUGUAGAAAAUCCAUAAAUUACAGCUAUGCAGAUCGUUAGCGAUAAAAACACGCAGAUUUAAGUAAGAAGACUUUUCGUUUCCAUCAAAUCGUGGUAGCGGCUUCCUUCUUGUUGAAUUCCUCCGGGGUAAUUGAAACACGUUGUUGAUAAGUUCUUGAUUUAGAUUCCUCAAUAUCAGCUUGAUUGUCCUUCAUCAACUGCUCAAACUUGUCACUUGCUUCCCACGCUAUUCGAGUUUUCUCAGGAAGAACAGCCGUAGGUGUAGCAAUCUCCGUUCGCUUCUUGUAAUCAAUUGGGACAAACGUCUUGUAAUCAUGCUGAUAGGUUGUCUCCAAAGGCCCGUAACGCGCCGAUCGAUUCCAAAAUUCAGUCGAUGGAGGUGGCCUGGCCUUGACCGGAGGCCCAAUCAUUAUCGGUCUCUUGUAAUCGUGUUGAUACGUACUUUCCAUUGGCCCAUAGCGAAUAGUUGUAUCCCAAAGAGCAGUUGGCCGACGAGUGUCGUACAGUCUGGGCAGUUUAUUUAAGAGAAAAGCCUUUCUCCUCUGCGCGGAAUCCAUAAGAUUGAACAUGUUUCACAGUGGCAUCGGCAAACGUUUGCGUUUUAACAGCCCAUAUUUGAGGUGUUUGUGAAAAAAAGAGGGCGGAUGCGGGCUUGCCUUUCAAUGCCGGUUGGAAUUUGUGCACGAGCAGAUGCAACACUGAGCACUUAAACUGUGUAUGUCUGAAGAUUUCAGUUGGUAAUUGCAAGCUUUUACUUCACGUCUUGCUGUGUUUUUUUGGGUGCAACAAUUGAUUGUCGAAUGGUGGAGGGUAGGGCUUAGUCAACGUCAUCCUAACGUUACACGUCACAACAGUCACAUGACGCAAAGGCAACUGAAUCUAACCAAGUAAGAGAGAUGGUAACGAUUUGCUCGAGUGACAUACAUUACGUUCCAGCAUUCACCAGCUUCUGUCAUGUUUACAGUCUGCCGAUAGGAUGGGUUUGUGGGACUCUCUCGCUAUUGAUUAUUGUGUUUACCUGAAUUGUGGGAUAUUGCAUUCUUCGCACAUUCCCCAAAAGACAAUACCUGAAUAUGAAAACCGAUCCGCCACGCAUCAGUAAACACAG